UUUCGAGAACCAAUUAUAAGAAAAGUUGAUACUGCUAGGAGAGUGCACGAAAGUCAAGUUCACCAUGAAGACUCGCAUCGUUUCGCAAACCCCAGAAGAGAAACUUGGUCAAAGCGAGUUGAGAGGCAAAAUACUAACUUCUCUAGAAGACAAUGUGGGUUUUACAGUUAGCCAUGUUAACCUAUCACAGAAAGAUCAAGGCCAUCUGGUACCUCUGCACGAUGGGCAUAAUCAUAUCUACUACUGCAUUCAAGGCAAAUGUUUUAUUACUUUGGAAGAUGAUGAAAAGACGACAUUUACCUUGACCGGGGACACGUUGCUUGCUCUUUCCUCGUCUACGAAGGCACGUUUCCAAGUACAGGAGUCUUGUACCUGCAUGGCAGUCGUGUCGGUACCCGCCCUACUCGAUAUACAGCCUGAUCCCUACUUUUUAGGCUUGAAAAGCAUCUUGGGAACGGAUAGGGAGGUCGACUUCAAACGUGGAUACAGUAGAAGGUUCUUGAGAGAAGCUGACGGCUUCAAUAUCACAAUUACCAACACAAUGCCAAGUGCUAAUGUUCCUUGUCCCAUGCAUUAUAGGAAUCAUAUUGAAGCAAAUUUCUUCAUCAGGGGUCGUGGAAUUUAUUCCUGGAAUAACGAGACAGAAAGCUUGGAGUUUGAUGUACACGAUCCAGUGAAGAAGGACGGUAUAUUGUACCUUUUGGAUGAGCACGAUCCUCAUUCGCUGCUCAUCACAGAAGAAAACAGUCAGAUAAUGUGCGUGUUUUUUCCAGCUUUAAGAGGUGAUGAGGUUCAUAAUUUCGAAGAUAGCUCUCAGAAAUCAUCGUACUGAACUGGAAUGAAAAAGACGAGUCAGUUUAUAAUAACGAACAACAAUGGCUCCAUCCACCUUGGCUGUAAUGACGUUGGACAUAAUGACAUAAUUCUCUGUCGUCUUAGUUUGACUGUUAGCGGUCCUACUAUUUCCUCCAAACUCAGUAAGGGCAGGGAAAGUUUUGGGAUUCCUGUGGACGCGCGUAGAUUGGAGCCGAGUAAAGAAAAGUGGGACCGCUCGCAGUCUAUAAAUGGAUCCUUCUCAAAAUUGUCUUGAAUGCAAUGCUAACUUUGAAAUACAAAAGAAAUGUCACAAAUUUCAUAGAGAAAAGUGUGAAUUCUUUCGUAUUUUCAUGUUAGUCUCUCAUAUCCAAGUUCUUUUUGAGACGGGUACAUUAAAUCACUCUACCUCAAGUAUCAUCCCCAAGUAACUUUUGAGAAAAUAAAUAAAUAUGAUCAGGUGCGA